UUUCUCCCAGUCCCACGGAGAGUCCCAUCGUGAAUUCGACUUUAUUAAAAAUGGUACUGAACCGGCAAUGCCAUCCCGACCAAGUCAGUAUCACUUCACUCCAGAUAUCGACUCUCUGGUGGGUACGUGAGUACUUAUACGUAUUUCGCUCUGGGCGUUCUUCGACAUGUGAUUCACGUACCCCGUACAACGCCCACUGAAAUACCUUCAUAUAUACUGUUACUUCACGCAGUACGUGAAAUAAUGAGAUAUAUUUUUUAUUACUUGCGGUGAACUUUGUGGAGGGAAUGUAAUUAUUAGAAACUGCCGAGGUCAGCUGUUCUGUUAUCACCCAGGGUAACCAGUGAACUACGCGGUGCCUGGUUAUGCACCUGAAAUACGACUCGAAAUCAAUUAAAUAAUUUUUUUUUGUUGUCCUCAAACAAAAUUAUCAAGAUGCCACAACCAGGCAAGAAGACGUCAUCAAAAGUCUCAGAGUCUAGUAAAGACCAAAUAAGUGUUGGCAAGAGUAGAACCUCGAGGAUAGACUUGCUGGGGGGAGACAUGGACUGGCUCCGAGGGAAGAUAUUCCUCAAACCAGAGGAUCAACUGCAAUUGACGGAGGCAGAAUUGCAAGAAGAAAUAGCUCGUGUAUUGACAGUGCAGGAUACGAGGGUUCCAGAUGCCCUGGUGGAGUGGUCCUGGAAAAACAUGGAGUUCGUGAGACUUCCGAAUCCUCCGAACAUCAUAACUGUCUUCGAUGUGCCUGGAACCCUGUUGUCUCGAGACUCGGAGGAAGCUAAGACGCAGCUGGGGAGCAGUUAUCAAGCCCCUGAGGAGAUUGCAGAGACGAGAGUAGAGGAAGAGAAUGUGGAGGCUAAAGAGGAGGAUGAGGAUGAAGGAGAGGAGCCUGAUGACGAUGAAGAGGCCAAGCAGGAUGGAGGAGGUGAGGUUGAAGCUGUGGCUGAUGGGGACGAACCCAAGAAACCUAUCAAGGUUCCCAAUCAAUUCAAUUUCUGCGAAAGGGGUGCCCUGACGUACAUCAAUCCAGUCAGGGACAUGAGCACCCAGACUGUUCCACCUCCAACAGCCUCUUUCAAUUCCCACGUGUUCCAGUGGACUAUUUACGACGAGUAUCAGGAGGAUUAUGCUGCUCAGCAGCAGGAGAAGGAAAAAGAUAGGAAGUCGUUGAUGCCUGGGCAGAAAAAAGACGAGGGGAAGAAGAAAGCGCAGGCCGAGGCGUUGGCAGUUAAUCAGAAAAUGCUGCAGGCUGCCAAGACUCUUGAGAGAAUGGUCAAUCAGAAUAUCUUUGACGAGAUCGCACAGGACUAUCGGUACUGGAACGAUCCCAGUGAUGAGUUCAAGGAUGGCGAGGGCUCGCUUCUCCCUCUGUGGAAGUUUCAGUAUGAGAAGGUGAAGAAACAUGAUGUCACCAGCAUGUGCUUCAAUGCUAAGUAUUACGACCUGUUCGCCGUUUCCUUUGGAACUUUGAAUCGAUUUCUUCAUCUCCCAGUCUGUUUUGACUCUCCACUGACAUCAGGAACAGUCUGUCUGUUCACUUUGAAGAAUCCGUCAUAUCCCGAAUGGAUAUGUGUCACAGAGUCUCCAGUGAUGUGCUUGGAUUUCAGCGUUUAUCAUCCACAUCUUCUAGUAAUUGGUUGCAUGGAUGGUACGGUGGCAGUUUAUAACGUGAUGCUUCCACCAUCUGUUCCUCAAUACAGAAGUAAUGAUGUUACUCAAAAGCAUGGUGGAAUCGUAGGAGAAGUGCGAUGGGGCCCAGACACAGAAGAAGGUAAUUUAACUUUCUACAGUAUCAGCGUCGAUGGAAAGGUAAACCACUGGGUGCUGAAUCAAAACGAGCUAGGCCUGACAACAGUAAUGACUCUCUUCCUUGAUCGCCCGCCAAUUCCGGGACCUGAUGGCACCCUGAUCACCCUAAAAGGCUGCGGCACCUGCAUCGCAUUCCAUCCAACAAAAUCUGACAUGUUUCUGGUGGGAACCGAGGAGGGGACGAUCUACAAAUGUAACACAGCCUUCAGCAGCAUCUACAUGCAGACCUACAAUGAGGCGCACAACAUGCCAAUCUACAGGAUUGUCUUCAACAAAUUCAACUCUGACAUUUUCGCAAGCUGUUCCGGAGACUGGAGGAUCAAAAUCUGGGAGGACAGUCGAAUGGAGCCUUUAUUUAUGUUCGAUCUGGGAGUCCCCAUAGGAGAUGUCCAGUGGGCCCCAUACAGUUCCACCGUUUUAGCGUGUGUCUCCAACGACGGAAAAGUCACGGUUUUCGAUCUUAAUGUCAAUAAAUAUCGACCUGUCUGCAGUCAACCGGUGGUCAGCAAGAAAAGGAGCAAAUUAACGAGACUGUGUUUCAAUAAUGAACUACCCUUCAUCAUCGUUGGGGAUGAUAAGGGAACUGUGAAUACUCUGAAGCUGUCACCAAACCUCAGGAUCAAACCUAAACCCACGAAGAAGCAGAUGCAUCUGUCUCCAGCUGAAUUGGAGACCCUGAAGCUGGAGAAACUCCUGAGUUUCGUAAGAGAACCAUCAGUUCUAGUUCCUCCCCCCGAUGUUAGGACUGCGGCUUAACGAUUACAUUGAGAUAUAUGUUACA